UUUAAGAGCGGAGGGAGGGGGUUCUGAACCGCUUGGCUGCGGUGUUUUUGUCUCCAUGUCAGUGAGCGCUCCUGGCCCAAGACGUCUGAACGGAUUUAUAAGGAUAGGUGCUGACCGUGAGAAAGAAGGGAGGGAAGAGAAAGAGAAGAGAAGCCAGAGUGAGGAGAUUGGGGAGGAGGAGAGACCAACCCUGCAGCACACCGAGCAGCUGGUGAGGUUUUGUGGGUAAACGUGUGACAUCAUGGCUCAGGUGCUGCACAUGGACCCCAGCUUCCCAGGAGGGAAGCUUACCCCGUCCGCUCCCCCUUCCCUGCACGGGAAGGAGCAGGAGGCGCCCUACUCUGUGGAGACCCCCUACGGCUACCGUCUGGACCUAGACUUCCUCAAGUAUGUCAACGACAUUGAGAAGGGAAACACCAUCAAGAAGGUCCCCGGUCAGCGCCGGCCCCGCUACGGGUCUCUCCCCCGGGGGUACGGCUACACGGGCUCCUGGUGGACCUCCACAGAGUCCCUGUGCUCCAACACCAGCCAGGACAGUCGCCAAUCAUCCUUCUCCUACUGCGCCCCGGGCUACCACCCACACAACUCCCACUCCCAGAGGCCCAGCUUCAGCACGGCCCGGGUGGAGAAGACCCUGCUGGACGCCCGCAGGAAGUUGGAGGAAGAGAAAGAAGGGGGCCCCAGGAGGUUCUCCAGCACACUUGGUAGCAUGCACAACAGCAUGGCCGGAUCCACCACCUCCCUGAGCAGCGCCCACAGCUACAACCGCACCCAUGGAGGAGGAACGGGCUCCUUCACCCCCAUGAGCUCCGGCCUGUCCACGCCCGUGUCGCCCACCCCGGCCCACCUGCAGCAUGUAAGAGAGCAGAUGGCGGUGGCUCUGAGGAAGAUCCGGGAACUGGAGGAGCAGGUGAAGACCAUCCCCGUGCUACAGGUGAAGAUCUCUGUGCUGCAGGAGGAGAAGAGGCAGCUAAGCGUCCAGCUGAAGAGCCAAAAGUUUCUGGGACACACCCUUGGCUUCGGCAGAGUGGGUCGGCCCCGAGGGGAGCUCUACAUCGACAUCCCAGAGGAGGAGGUGAGCUCUGGAGCUGGAGCCACCAUCAGGGUUGCAGCAGGGCCUCUGUCCCCCACCACCCCCACCACCCCUGAGGGCUCCAGGCCGCAGGCAGACUCAGGCUGUGAGAUUGAGGACACGGUGAUCGUGGGUGGAGCGCGGCCGGCUGGGCAGAGGGAAGUGCGUACCAUUGGGGUGGGACCAGAGGAGGCGAGGGGCGGCCAGCAGGUGGAUGUGGGCAUUGGGGUGAAGGAGCAGGACCUGGGGCUGGUGCCGGAGACAGAGGCCCUGAAGGGCCAGGUGGGCCAGCUGGAGGGCCAGCUGAAGAGUACGAUGCAGGAGCUGCAGGCUGCCCAGCAGCAGGUGCAGGCAGCUAAGAGGGAGAGGCAGGCUCAGGCCCCCCAGGCAAACCACUCGGUCAGGGCCACCAGUCUGAGCUGGCAGGAGCAGCAGGGACGCAGCCUGCAAACGGUAGUCAGCUUUACCCAGCAGCCCCAUCACCGGGCACAGAGGACUGUGGGAAUCCAGGUGUACACGCUGGAGCAACCAGCCACUGUGGUGGGGGUGGGCACGUUGCUCCGAGCAGAGGGGUGCAGCUCCCCCUCCCUCCCUCCAGGUGGUACAGUCCUGGAGGGAACCCACAGAGGACAUGCACAGGCCCUGGGCCCAGAGGAUGCAGCUGUUGAGCUGCCCAUCGCCAUCUCCUCCAAACAGGUCCGAGAGGUCCUAAGAAGUGAGGUGUCCACCUCUGUGCCUGUCACUAAUCCUGCCAUCGCCAUUGAUACCAUUGGUAAUCAGAUGGCUUUGCUGCAUCUGAAUGAAGGAGAGACACCCCAGCACACUGCCAUAAACACCGUCCAGUCUCAAGAAGACCCAUCAAAGCCAGCUGCAGCAGCCUCUCCCCAGACAGCCCUGAGGUCCAUUAUGAAACGUAAGGCAGAAGGAGAACCUGGCUCUCCAUCCACCAAGAAGAACCUGCAGUUCACUGGAGUCAAUGGAGGGUAUGAGUCCACCUCGUCAGACGACAGUAGCAGUGAGAGUUCAGAGGAGAGUGAUGCCAGUGAAUAUCAUGAGACCACAGAGAAACUCCCAGAAGCACCAGAGUCUGCUGCGGGACGGCACCAGCAAGCAGUAGCAGUCCCAGUCUCCUCCACAAGGCUAGAGCAUGUCACUCCGCUCCCAGCCACUACCGUCCAACCACCAGCCUGUCAACCUGCCUCUGAGCGGAGCACCAGCCAAUCAGCAACCGUAAGCAUGGGACUGCAGCAUGUAGCCACCUUAUCACCAGCCUUGAACACUGCCGUGCAACAAUGUGCCUCUGACUCUGCUCCCACUGAGACGACCUACCCGUCUCCAGCCAAUGACUGUGUCCGUCAGGGGAGUAUUGUCCAAUCAUCGGUCCCAGACCCCAUCCCUCAGGAGUGUACCUCCAUAAAUACUAGCACUGAACCCACUACACCUGAACAGUGCAUCGUGCAAUCAGCUGCUACCUGUUCUGCACCCCCCAAGCCACCCAGAUGCCAACCAGAAGCCACUAACCCGGAAGUAAAGCAGGGUGUCACCCAAUCAAAUACCACUGAUGUCACCGUUCAGCUAGAUGCCAUCAAAUCACAAACUACUGACCUCGCCCCUCAGCAUUGGGCCACCCAAUCAUCAGCUACUGAACAAAGCUCCCAGCAGAGGAUAGUCCAAUCACCAGCCUCGACACCAACACCUGGAAACGCCCCAAGUGCUGCUGGAGCAGCCAAUCAAGAAACCAGACUGGAGUUCAGUGAGAGCCUGAUGGCAUCUCUCCAUGCCCUGCAGAAAGCCCUGGGUGAACCAAAUGCUUUCAGCCAGCAAGCAGCAAGGACAGCCUACACCACGGUGCUCCAGGAGUGGCUUCGUGUGUCCUGUCACAAGGCAGCUGACACUGCCAUGGUCAGGGCCUAUAUGGAUACCUUCUCCUCCGUCUCCCCACAGCUGCUGAAGUUUGUGGUCAAUAUGGCCGACGGCAACGGCAACACGGCCCUGCACUACACCGUCUCCCACUCCAACUUCCCUGUGGUCAAGCUGCUGCUGGACACUGGCCUGUGCAACGCUGACAAGCAGAACAAGGCCGGGUACACAGCCAUCAUGCUGACAGCUCUGGCUGCCUUCCACUCUGACAGUGACCUUCACACUGUCCUGCAGCUGCUGCGCACAGGGGAUGUGAACGCCAAAGCCAGCCAGGCGGGUCAGACGGCGUUGAUGCUGGCAGUGAGUCACGGGCGAGGGGACAUGGUACGGGCGCUCCUCUCCUGCGGAGCACAGGUCAACAUCCGCGACGACGACGGCUCCACGGCGCUCAUGUGUGCCUGCGAGCACGGCCACGUCGACAUCGUGCGUCAGCUGCUGUCUGUGCCAGGCUGUGAUGUCACCCUCACUGAUAACGAUGGCAGUUCAGCCCUGUCCAUAGCCCUGGAGGCCAGUCAGAAUGACAUCGCUGUGCUUCUCUACGCUCACCUCAACUUCGCCAAGCCUCCUUCCCCUGAAAAUGACCCAACACACCUCCAGGCUGUGUAAGGGCUAGUUGAACAAGAAGGAAAGUGAUGAGUGCUGCAUCAGAUGACCUGGCCUCCACCAAAUGGAGAUGGAUUGGGAUGAGUUGGACCGCAGAGGGAAGGAAAAGCAGCCUACAAGUGCUUAGUAUGUAUGGGAAUUGCUUCAAGACUGUUGGAAAAGCAUUCCAGGUGAAGCUGUAUGAGUGAAUGUGACAGGUAGCCUAGUGGUUAGAGUGUUGGGCCAGUAACCAAAAGGUUGCUGUAUCGAAUCCCCGAUCUGUCGUUCUGCCCCUGAACAAGGCAGUUAACCCACUGUUCCCCGGUAGGCUGUCAUUGUAAAUAAUCAUUUGUUCUUAACUUACUUGCCUAGUUAAAUAAAGGUUACAAAAAUAGAAAAAUGCUAAGAGUGUGCAAAGCUGUCAUCAAGGCAAAGGGUGGCUAUUUGAAGAAUCUCAAAUAUAAAAUAUAUUUUGGGAUUUGUUUAACACUUUUUUUGGUUGCAACAUGAUUCCAUAUGUGUUAUUUCAUAGUUUUGCUGUCUUCACUAUUAUUCUACAAUGUAGGAAAAUAGUAAAAAUAAAGAAAAACUCUUGAAUGAGUAGGUGUGUCCAAACUUUUGACUGAUACUGUAUAUGCAAAUUCUGCCUACCUGAGGCAAAUAAAAGUUCACCUGGGCAACA